UUAAAUCUCAGUCAACUCGUCACUGUGAAAGAAAACAUUUGAAUAAUCUUUAGUGUAUUAGUCACUUACACUCCAUGAGUUAGACAGCUUUUUAUUAAGUAACCUACAAAAUCAAGACGAAUAUAUAUAGACCUGGUUACACGCUAUUGAAAGGGGCAGAGAGAGGCAUUUUCAGUCACUCUAUGUCAACAAUGCUAACAGGCAGGCGUGAUACCUAUGACAAAGACACGUUGAGCUGGGCAUUGACCCGUGUCGGUCUUUAGAAUUACGCUCUGAAAACGCUCUGUGUUGGUUUGAUUAGGUCUUGGCCUGGAUGUGGUGAUAUUUUUGUUUCUGUUUGAGUCGCAGGAGAAAGAGGAAGUAACUCGCCGUGUUGGGUGAGUUCCCUUUAACGGACGGCGGCAACACAAGUGUCAAUAAACUCUAUAUGAGAAUAGAGGAUUAGUAGUAGGCCUAAAUGGAUUAGGAAACUAGUGGAGCUUAGUUUAUGUGGUGUAGGCCUAUCUUCGAAAUUCGUUUAUAUGGAUUCUUAUAUAAAAGUAACUACAAAUGCCAGAAAGGAUAUAUAUAUAUAUAUGAACAGGAUUAACACACCGAGAACCAGUAUUUACAAUGCAGUAUGCCGUUUGAUUUGAUUCAUACCAAGUGUCCAUCGCUUUGACUGGUAUUCGAAGAUGUAUUAUCUGUCAAGUUUUCUGUUUUCAGUCAUCAGCCUAACUCUUGUGUCGUGUGCAUCAAUCAGAGAAAAGAGGCAGGUCACGACGUCAUAUGUCAUAGAUGUCUACGUCGUUGUGGAUCACGCCAUGUACCAAAAAUGGAAGAAUUGGCAGAUAGAAACAACAGGGGAGACAAACGCGACAAAACUCGACAUAGAAACUAUAGCAACGAUCAAGAGUUAUGUCUCUUUAUUAUUUCACCAAGCUAACCUUCGCUUACAGACUGUCAACAGGACUUCCCCUUACAGUUUGUCUAUGCAAAUUGUACGCAUGGACAUCGAUGUGAACAUCCCAAACUUGAAUGGUUCCAACAAUAUUGCUCAAGCCCUGGACAUUUUCACAAAAUGGAUGAAUGGUUCCAGUGUACCCUACGACCAUGCCGUUUUGAUGACCUCCUUAGAGUUUAAGGGGGAAAACUCAGCAGGAGAAAAACUCACGUAUCUAGGUCGAGCCUAUGUGUCCAAGAUGUGUAGCCUGAACUACAGUCUCUCUGUUGUUGUGGACAAUGGAGCAUUCCAGAGCAGCUACCAUAUGACUCACGAGAUUGGACACAGUCUUGGCGCUCAACACGACGGCACGAGCACCUCGGCCAAUUGUAGUCAGAGCGACUCUUACCUGAUGGUACCUGUGGGAAUUAGUUCCGACACUUCGACUGACCAUCCAUGGUACUUCUCCUCGUGUUCUGUUAAUAACAUCAAGACCUACCUUGAGACUUCCAGCAUUAAUGUGAACCAAGGAACUGACAUAGUCGAUUGCUUCUCAAAGAAGUUGCAGCCUAUUCAGGAAUUUCUUGACGAAGAAAAGGUCAAGGCCGGACAGAGGUAUCCACCUGAUCAACAAUGUCAGAUGAUUUAUGGGAAGACGUCUCGUGCAUGUCCCGAUGCAGGACAAGGAAACCUAGAGAAUAUUUGUACCACAAUGGGCUGCGUGAAUCCAGACAAUCAAACGUUGUGUAAUAUCCAUUUCGCCGCAGAGUGGACGUCCUGCGGGAAUGGCAAGAGAUGCUCCAUGGGGAAGUGUAUUAGUGACCCCGAGGCUCCAGACAUUGGAGACUGUUAUCUAGGAGAUAGUCUAGAUAGAAUUGACGGUCUAAGUUGCAGUCGGGCCAUUCUUGAUCGUCCCAUGAGAUGCUAUGACACAAAUGUCAAGACUAAAUGUUGCAAAUCGUGUCAACAAAUUUCUGCAGUCAAUCCAAGUUCGUGUCCUUACGGAGAUCAAGCCAUUGGCUGCUCGGUUGAUAACUGCGCUGGGAACAUGGACAAAUGUUGCAAGACCUGUCGCUGUCGCUAUGUCAGUGAUGUGUCCACUAUUGACGGUGUGUCUUGUGCGGUGCGCGUCAACCAGGACGGUGUCAACCACUGCUACAACGCAACUGUGUCGUCCCUGUGUUGUGCCACCUGCGGUGUCAGGCGGCCAUCUUCCACCAUUGCCAAUUGUGAAUUCGGAGACCUGUCCCGAAAUGGAAUCUGUAGCAGAAGUCAGUGUUAUGUCAGUAGUGUCAAAGAACAAUGCUGUCAAACGUGUGUCAAUGUCAACUCAGGGCAUUGUCAUAUCCCAGCACUGCCAUUCUAUACACUACUGUUUGUUAUCUCUCUUUUAAAUGCUGGUAUUUCCUAGUUGCAUUUAUUUGUGCAAUAGUUAGAUUCAUCAAUCGUUUAGUUUACAAACUUCCAGACAGCAUUAUCUGUUUUCAUUGUAACUUCAGUUUAUUCUACAAAAACAUAUAUAAAAUAAUGUCACUGCAUCGGAUAUAAUAUAAAGGCAUAUAAAAACAUAAAAUGACUCGGAUUAGGAGCCUCGUAGUAAACUAUUGUAUUACCUUUUUUUUUAAAAUAGUUUUUAACUUACUCAGUCUGUGAGAUGUUAGGGUACCACUGCUGACUCUUUUCCAUCUGAUGCCAUUGAUCUGUCAAAUUUCUCUUCUACCUUUCAUCAAGUUUCUUUUUUUUUUUUUUUUCAAAUUCAUUCAUCCAUGUCUAAUAUGUUGGGCAAUUUGAACAAGGAUCCUUUUUUUUUCCCAUAAGUUUGUAGGCAUAAUUAGUUUUUUUUCUAAUUAAAAAUUGGCAAUAUCUUGAUAGUUGUUUGUAAAACUACUUGACUGUGAAUGAAUUAACUCACUGUGGUGAUAGUUGAUUGUAUUGUAUGAUUUGCUGACUAUGAGUUUGUUGAUUCAAUAUGCUGAUAGUUGAUUAUAGCAAUACUUUGUUAACCAUAAAUGAAUUGUUGGUAUUUUGUGUAAAAUUGUUAUGGUUUUGUGUAACAUUUUAGUUUAUGAUUUCUUGCAUGUUACAAAAAAACAAAUUGCAAUAACAUGACAACUGAUGAGCAUAAAUCAACAUUUAUUAUAUUCCUGUUUUAAAUUAGACAAACCUGCACGCAUCCCAUAGGUGAGAAGUCACAGUUAUUUAAAUGGAGUAAAAAAUACCUGUACAUGACAAUGGCCUGUACAAUAUAGAUGCUGUUGAUGUUUUAACAGUUGAGUUGUUAAGACUUCCUUUAAAAAUAUGUAUAAAAUUAUAAACUGACAGUUCAGUGACUUACUUCUGACACCAACUGUUUGUCUGUAUAUAAUAAAUAUAUUACCAGUUUUAAGAACAAUAUUUGUAAUGGAUUGUAUAAUGCGGGAAUCUGUGGCAUUUUACGUCUCGAGAGACGAUCUUUUCCCUAUGCAACUUCUUGUGUGACUAAAGAGGCCAAUCCUUGAUACACAGCUGCGAUCGCAGGUUGGGCAUAUAUAAUCACCAGGCGCCGUUGCAAUUUCACCCUUCUUUCUGCUUCUGUUGUGUAUGACAUCUGCAAUCUGUGACCCUUCAUUUAUGCUCUCUCUCCAUGUGGAUCUGUCCAGUGCCACCUCUUCCCAGUUGCCAGUGUCAAUUUUGAAGAGCGUCAUGUCGCGUUUGCAUACAUCCGUAUAACGUAAAAGUGGGCGGGUAUACAAUAUAAGUAUUAAUUAUAGUAUAUAUUGUUAAAUAACGUUGAUUAUCUACUUAUAAUUUCAUAAUGAAUCUUAAUUAAUUAAUCUUGAUUAAGUAAUUAAUCUUAAUUAAUCUCUUUCUCUCUCUUUCAGUCUAUCACAUUGUCUCCUUCUGUUCAAUUGUGACUUUAUUUUGACCCAAGACCAAAGAUUUAUUAGCGCGUACAAAUCAAAGAUAACUUCUAUACAAAACUUUCAAUAGUUUCUCUUUAAUAAGCAGGCUAAAUGAAACUGAGACGCCUUGAUAUUAGCGCGCACUCGACCGGUGUGGCCUCUGGUGUUUAGUUUCCGAAAAAUAGUUCAGAUUCACAGUUAAGUUGAACUGAAUACUUUAGUCGAACACUAAAUUCAGAGUCGUUCGAAUAUCGAGGUCAGUCAUUGGCCUCGUAAAACGACUAUGGUUCAUCUCGAACACUUUUUCAUACGGCUGUGGAGCCCUAUAAUACCGAGGUACCACUGAAUAUAUCUAAAAUCUUGUUCUUAUA